AUGUCGGAGCUGUCACGAGAAAUUGGCGAAAUUUGGACUCGUUUAUUCGACCAUCGUCCAUUCUUAAAUGGAGAAAUAAAGUUUAUGUUGAAAGAGUUUGAGGAAAAACGAGGCGACCGUGAAGUAGAGAACUUGUUUUCUAUAUUAGAAAACUUAACUGACAUCAAAGAUACACAAGUUGAAAGAAUAAGCAAAAGUGGUAAAACUGGUCUACCCAUUUUAAGUGAAAAGUUAGUGCAGGGCCUACAAUUGUGUGAAGAAAUAGAAAAGGAUUAUUGUCAGAUCCAACAGGUGUGUAAACAAAAACGGUGUGCAAAUCAAGAGAAAAGGCAAAAGGAAUGGGAUCAAUUUAUUGAUGAUAUGAAUUUUAAGUGUCAAAGAAUUGAUAAUACAUUUGAAGAAAAAGAGGAAGAACUUAGAGAUUUAUAUGCAGAUUUAAACCAUAAAUUAAACAUUACAGAUAAGUGA